GUUUCGAUCCCUUUCCAACAUUUCUUCACUCACUAAUACACCGUGUGAGUUGUUGAAAUUUUUUUUCUUUCUGCGACAGUUGUGUGUUCUCUUUUUAUACGACAAUUCGUUUCGGCACGAGAUUUAUUUUUGUGUGCGCGUGACAGCACCAGUUCAACCAGUGCUAUAUAAUCAACGUAUCUAUUGACGAGAGUGUUAGUCAUAUUUCGACCGUUGAUAAUGACGCAUUGACUAUCACCACACAAGCGACAGAACACCAAGUUUUUUUUCUCACUCAUCAUCAUCAUCUAAUAAUUCUGUGUAAUUUUAUUUCGAGUCUCUUAAAACGACAAAUCAAAUACGUGUCCGUUGGUAUGUGACUGUGAUUGUGUUUGUUUAUAGCGACGACCACAAAUCAAUUUCAGCGGAUUAGGUUAUCGUGUGUAAGGCUGUACGAAGGACAAUAUUCGAGAGAAUUUUUUUUUUUCACUGAUUCAGUAGAAAUCGAUCGCGACGAGAGUAAGAUUUAGAACAGCAGCAACAGCAACCGAAAGGGAAAAGAGAACAAACGAAUCUCAAACGCAACGAGACACAGCCUUUUUUAAAAAUUGUAAAAAUACAUCGAUUGUGCAUGUGUUGUGUAUUGGCAACGGCCGCAACAAUUUCAUACAAAAAGGAGUUCCUAUUUAUCGAGCAGAAGAAUCGUUCGAAGAUUUGACGAAUCCAAUAGUCAACCUAGAAUUUAUUUUUUUGGCAAGUUUCUUUCCAUUUUAUUUUAUCCCAUCUUUCUCUUUCGCAAUUCAUUCAAUCUGAACAGAUUUGGUUUUUUUUUUCUCUCGUUAUUUUCGUUCUUUGUAUCUGCGUCGGGUGGAGAUAAUUUUUCAUUCAUUUGCGUAAUAAAUAAAAUGUUGACGUUUGUAUGAAAAUAUUUCGAUGGAUGGUUUGAGCCAGCCCAGUUUGCGUGUGUGCUCAUAUGUAUUUUAUGUAUUUGUUGUUCGUUCGUGUAUAUGUGUAUGGUUUUUAUUCGAUUUUUUUUUUUCAUUUCGUAUGGUAAACACUCGGUUUUAGUAACAAUAUAUGUGCGAUUGUUUCGGUGCGAUGCCAGAAAUGAAACGAACGAACUGAACUUAGAGCGAACUGAACGCACAAAACACGUGAGAAUAAAAUUAAAGCACAUUAAAAUCAAAGUGUGAGUGUGCGCGUCUAAUUUUGAAUCCAUUCAGAAGAACGAAAAACAACGACAGCAACGAAAAAAAAAAUGCGAACAUCGCCAACGACGAGCGUGUGUCGUAUAAAGCGACCGAUUUUCGUGCAAAAUUCCAAUUAAUAUUAAAGAAAAAAGUAAAUGCCAUGAAUUAAUAUGCGUAUACGACCACUCUGUACGAAUUCUAUAAAUAGAUUCGGGCCGAUGUUUGUAUAUGUGAACGCUUUUGUUGAUGAAUUUUAUUGCGUUAAUUGAUUUUUAGCCUCCGUUUGCUAAACAGUUUUUCCUUCUUUAUUGUUUCUCCCAAUUUAUUUAUCCACCACAAAAGAAAAAAAACUGAACGAAACGUGAAGGGCAAUUUUGGCAAAUCCGAAAUAGUUUGCCGUUUCAUUUCUGUAUUUAUUGUCCAACGCAUGGCAUGACUUUGAGAAUUCCGUUCAACACUGAGCCUCUGAAUACGGUUUAGUGCAAUAAAAAAAAAUAAAACGAAUCGCACAAAUGAUUCGCUUCACUAUCAGCUCGCUAUCACGUUUUUGGUCUGUUGGCAAAUCAGUUGAGUGUACACAUUUGAUCGACGGCAAAUGAAACUACCGAACCCAUUGGCAUGUUGUUCGAUGGCGGUCAACAACAAUUGGUUGGUUGAAGAGCUCAAUUGAAUUGAGUCAAUUCCGCAUGCUUAUUUUAUUCUUUGAUUUUUUUUUAUGAUGUUGACAGAUUUUCGAAUCAAGCUAGUGCGCAAUGUGGAGAACAGAAGAAAAUAACCUGAGUAAAACAAUUUUUUUUUCUCAUCAUAUGAGGAUACAUGUUAUCUGUUUGGCUGUAAAAUAUUUUAUGAUUCCAACGAGUCAGUAGAACAAGUAGAAAAAUGCUUCGAUUUACAAUGUCGUUGACGCAUUUUAUCUGCCGACCGUUGUUUCAAUCGGCUUUGUUAUCUAUCUCGUCGUGUGUCUAUCGACGCCAAAUAGGAAUGAGAGGAGCAAAAAAAAAACGAAAAGCCAAAAACCGUAGCAUUUGCUCCGACUUUGGGUGAUUCGUUUAUUAGCCGAUAUUCCAUUUGUUAUUGUUGUUGUUGCGCUUUCGCAUGAUAUUAUUACUCGACUGUCGCUCACACACUUGUGUAUUUGUUUGAUACAACUACGGCUGCCGCAAUCACUCACUCAAAUAAUUCUUCCAUAAUCACUGUUCGCUCUCGCUCUGUCUUUCUCUGUGCUUCUUCAGGUCUGGCUCAUGUGUGCAUUGUGUGUGUGUUUGUCAUUGUGUGGAUGUAUAGUGUGCGAGACUCUCUCGUUUUCUUUUCGAACAUACUUUUUUCUUCUACACAAUGUACACGACGUACCCGAACAGUACACAUAUUUAUCGUCGUUAAUUCUCACUUACACUGACAUAGCGCACAUAUGUUCAUUUGUUCAUUGCCUCAUUGCCCAUACCACCAUCUAUCUCAUACCUAUUUUUAUAAAUGAACGUCACAAACACGAAUUCGGUUACUGCUCUCCUCGCAUAGUGUGUGAUUUGUACGAUCGAACGGCGGUCGUCCCUAUGAUUGUGUGUGCGGUUUUAAUAUUACAAUUUAUAUAUAUUUUUUUUUUCUGUUGUUCGUUUGUUCCUUCAUUUCUUUCAUAAACGGUUUUUUUUUUCACAUUUCCAUUCGGUUGUGUGAUCGUCAGUCAUAGCUGAAUCGUCUGAACGUCGGUACACAGUGUCGGUCAACAGAUAAAAGCAACGUUUUUUUUUGUAUUAUCACUUCUUUUGUUCGCCAACCUUCAACAAAGUAUUCUUAAAGCAUCCAGCGCAGAGAAAAACGGCGUAAAAUUUCACUUGCAGAAGAGAAAAAGCAAAAUCUUGAAUAUUUUUUUUCAAUAUACAGUGCCCUAGUCGUUUAGUGAUAAACCUAUUUUUGUUCGCCCCUAAAUUGUGAUUCAUUUGUUGUUCGGUUGUGUGCUCGUGAUUUCGAUCAUCUGGUUUUUUUGUACGUUUCUUUUUAUUUAAUACUCGUUUUUUUUUCUCAUUGCAAACGGAAUACAAAUAAAUCAAACCACUGCAAAGAAUGGUUAAAGGUAAAAAGCGUAAUAAAGAAGUCGAACUCGAAACUGGAUUGAAAGGACGAUCCGGCCGCGUCGUAGUUGCGGCCAUUCUUAUCAAUGGUACAAUAUUCUUCCUGAAAAUAUGUGUAUGGCUUUACACAGACUCGCACAGUAUGUUCGCCGAAUCUAUACAUUCGGUGGCAGAUACUGUCAAUCAAAUUAUCUUGGCGUUUGGAUUACACAAGUCGGCUAAAAACCCGAACAUCAAACAUCCUUAUGGCUAUUCGAAUAUGAAAUAUAUUUCAUCGCUGAUAUCGGGUGUUGCAAUCUUCUGUGUUGGUACUGGUUUCUCGUUCUACCAUGGUAUCGUUGGGCUGAUGAGUACAGAAAAGCAUGAUGACCUGUCUUACACAUGGGCCUAUAUCGUUCUUGGCGGUUCGUUCCUGUUCGAAGGUGUUACAUUGAUGAUGGCCAUUAUGAGCAUACGAAAUUCUUCCAAGCAGGCAAAUCAAUCGUUCUUCUCGUACGUGGUAUCGGGUGCGGAUCCAUGCGUAAAUGUUGUGCUGUUUGAGGAUUCGGCAGCUGUUUGUGGUGCGUUUGUUGCAGCUUUUUGUAUUGGCCUGACCGCUUACCUCGAAUCAAACAUUCCGGAUGCCAUUGGAUCUCUGUUGGUUGGUGUGAUGCUGGGUUGUGUCGCAAUAUUGGUCAUUUACACGUCGGUGCCCGCCUUGGUUGGUCGCUCUAUCAAGCUCGAUCAAUUGGACAAAAUUAACCAAGAGCUGGAAAGUGACGCUAUGAUCAAGGCCAUACAUGAUGUUAAAGGUAUCGACAUGGGCAACUCAAUGAUUCGUUAUAAGGCUGAAAUCGAUUUUAAUGGACGCGAAUUGACUCGCAAGUAUUUGGACAAGCAUGAUAUUCGCAAAUUAUGGGAGGAGGUUAAAGGCUUCCAUAGUAUAGACCAGUUAAACGAGUUUAUGUUGGGCCACGGUGAAAAUAUUGUCGAUAUUAUGGGCGAUGAAAUCGAUCGUAUUGAGAUGAACUUAUCGAAAAAGUUCCCAAAAGUUCGUCACAUCGAUUUGGAAUUAGAGUAAACAAGUACAAAGAGUUGUUUUUUUUUGCACUGAGCAAAAAUGUUCAAAAAAAAAAAACGUUGCUCUGUCGUUGGUGUUGACUAUUACACGAUGACUUUACUUAUACAACAAUUACACUAUAAAUUAUAUUUUUAUUAUUAUUCAUUAUGAUUAUCAUAUACUUUUUUUUUUUAAAUUGAUGAAAUGACCUCAAUAUAUCUCAAAGAAAACGUCACAUAUAUGCAAGAAGCACACAAACACACAUAUACAUGAAAGAGAAACACAAAAACACAUAUUAUGAACACAAUCAAAUUCUUCUAUAAAAUUUUAUCCAAACAAAACAAAACAAAACAAAAUCUAAUGUUUUAGAAUAUUAGUUGAAUUUUUUUAUCGUCGUAGAGCAAAAGAAAUCUAUAUCGGAACAAAACAAGAGAGCUUACAGUGGCCUUACAAACUUAAUAUCAUAACAAUUAGAACAAUAAACGUUUUCACUCGUCGUCACACACAUUCAAUAUCAUUCGAAUCGAAAUUUUUUCUGACUAAAAUGUACUCUAAACGAUCGACAAGAUCGAAGCACAUUUCUGUAGCAGUUUUUUUUAUAAUAUUUUUUUUCUUCUUAUCAUUCUUUUUCUCCUAGUUUUUUUUUUUUUGCCAAAAAAUUGUGUACUAAAACGAAAUAAAUAUAUUUGUGGAUUGUGCUUAAGUAGUUGAAAAUCAUGCAAAUUUUUAUGUUCUGUUAUUAGUUCUGUGUGUUUUUUUUUUAAAUGAAAAUCAUAUUUGUUUUUGUUAUUAUUCGUAUUUGGUAGUGUUAAGCGGAAAUAAAAUCGCGGCAAUUUAUUGAACAAAAAAAAAAGAGAAAUAGAUACGUCAAAGUUUAUAGUCAAUGUCGUCAUCAAUAUAUAUAUAGUCACAGUCUAAUCCAAAAAUAAGUAUCAAUGUCAAAACAAAGAAAAUACGAAUAGAGAAAGAAAGAAGAGUAACAUCAAUGAAUAGAAACAAGAAAGAGAAAGAGAGAAAGAGAGUGUGUAGCCCGCAUCGAGCUGAGAGGAAGCAAUUGUAGCAACUGAUUUAUCAAAGGAAACUUUGUGAUAUGCAAAAUGCGAAAUAAAAAAAAAAUUUAAAUGAAAGAAA